AUGGGUGGCGCUAGCGCCGGCGGGGCGACGGAGGCGGCGUCCUCGCCUCUCCUCAUGCCCCGCUCCGCUCCACGCCCCGCGGUGGAGGCGGAGGUGCGGCGGCAGGUGGGGCUCGCGGCGCCGCUGGUGGCGUGCAGCCUGCUGCAGUACAGCCUGCAGGUGGUCUCCGUCAUGUUCGCCGGACACCUAGGGGAGCUCUCCCUCUCCGGAGCCUCCGUCGCCGCCUCCUUCGCCAACGUCACCGGCUUCAGCGUCCUGCUGGGUAUGGGAAGUGCAUUGGAUACCUUUUGUGGACAAUCAUACGGAGCAAGACAAUAUGACAUGCUGGGGACACACACGCAAAGGGCGAUAAUUGUUCUUGUGCUUACGGGUGUUCCUCUGGCCUUUGUUUUGGCCUUCACUGGCCAAAUCCUUAUCGCCCUUGGUCAAAAUCCUGAGAUAUCAUUUGAAGCUGGACUGUAUGCUCAGUGGUUGAUUCCUGGCCUUUUCGCGUAUGGUUUGCUUCAGUGCCUUACCAGAUUCCUGCAGACCCAAAAUAUUGUCCAGAUAUUGGUAGCUUGCUCUGGACUUACUUUGCUACUUCAUGUUAUGCUAUGCUGGUUGCUGGUUCAAGGUUUUGGCCUUGGCCACAAAGGCGCAGCUCUGGCAACCUCAAUAUCUUACUGGUUCAAUGUGGCAUUGCUAGCUGUGUAUGUGAAAGUCUCUGAAGAUGGCAGAAGAAGUUGGCACGGAUGGUCAAGGGAGGCACUGAAGUUAAAGGAUGCCAAAGUAUAUCUAAAGCUAGCAAUUCCAUCUACCUUUAUGACCUGCUUGGAGUAUUGGGCAUUUGAGAUGGUGGUUCUCCUAGCAGGAUUUCUUCCAGAUCCAAAACUGGAAACUUCAAUUUUGUCGGUCAGCCUAAACACAAUGUGGAUGGUCUAUACAAUUCCAAGUGGCCUCAGCAGUGCAAUAAGUAUUAGAGUGUCCAAUGAACUAGGUGCUGGGAACCCACAUGCAGCACGCCUAUCAGUUUAUGUUUCAGGAAUCAUGUGCCUAGCUGAGGGCCUUUUUGUAGCUAUCAUCACAGUAUUAGUGCGAGAUGUCUGGGGUUAUUUGUACAGCAAUGAAGAUGAGGUAGUGAAGCAUGUAUCAAUUAUGAUGCCAAUUCUUGCUACUUCUGACUUCAUGGAUGGAAUACAGUGCACACUAUCAGGCGCAGCUCGAGGAUGUGGCUGGCAGAAAGUAUGCUCGGUUAUCAACCUGUUUGCUUACUAUGCUAUUGGUCUCCCUUCAGCUGUUACUUUUGCAUUUAUUCUGAAGAUUGGUGGUAAGGGCCUUUGGUUAGGAAUCAUAUGUGCGAUGGCAGUGCAAAUAUUUGCUUUGGUUGUGAUGAUGCUUCGAACCAACUGGAAUGAAGAGGCUGAAAAGGCCCGAGCUAGAGUUCAGUGUUCAGAUGGCAGCAUUACAUUGAUCUGA